AAAGCGGGAGAUGCAUGACGUCAUAGCCCACCAACGUCGCCCUAGAUGACCGCGCGCAGGACGGGAUGAUGCAGCAGGGAUGAUGCUGCUGCUGGACCACAACGUGUUCCUUCGCUGCUCACCACGGUGCGGUUGUCGUGCAUUUCGAAGGAGGGCAGGAAGGGGGACAUGGCCGCGGAGUCGGACGGUGGUAAAGCCGGUGCCGCAUGCGGCGGGAGCGGCAGGAGCGGUGGCUUCGCGCAGCUGUACGACGUGGAUGGGGAAGAGCCUUUGGACUCUGCAGCCAUACACAUCUGCAUGUGCUGCCGCUCCUCCGCGUGCUACUGGGGCUGCCGAUCCGCCUGCCUCGGUACCCUCAUCGGUCAGCCUCCAGGGGGGGUCGGGAUCAGGGAGACUCACUGUCCCCCCAGGGAGCAGCUGUGGCUGGACUGCCUCUGGAUCAUCCUGGCCCUCCUGGUCUUCUUCUGGGACGUGGGCACGGACCUGUGCCUCGCCAUGGAGUACUACCAGAGGCAGGACUACCUCUGGUUCGGCCUCACGCUCUUCUUCGUGCUGGUGCCGUCCGUGCUCGUCCAGAUUCUGAGUUUCCGGUGGUUCGUGCAGGACUACACAGGAGGGGGGCUCGGGGAGGUGGAGGGGCUGACCAAGAGGGGCGCGGUGGCUUUGGGGUGCCUUUAUCCCGGCAAGGACCGCCUGCAGCUGGCCUCCAUCUGGCUGUGGCAGGCCACCAUACACAUCCUCCAGCUGGGACAAGUGUGGAGGUACAUCCGGACGCUGUACCUGGGCAUCAUGUCGCGGCGGCAGAAGGAGCAUCAGCGGCGCUGGUACUGGGCCAUGAUGUUCGAGUACGCAGACGUCAACAUGCUGCGGCUGCUGGAGACCUUCCUGGAGUCUGCGCCGCAGCUGGUGCUGCAGCUCUGCAUCAUGAUCCAGGAGAACCGGGCCGAGACGCUGCAGUGCAUCUCCUCCCUGGGCUCCCUCCUGUCUCUCGCCUGGGUCCUGGCCUCCUACCACAAGCUGCUGCGAGACUCUCGUGACGACCAGCGCAGCAUGAGCUACCGCGGCGCCCUGCUGCACCUCUUCUGGCGCCUCUUCACCAUCUCGUCCCGCGUCCUCUCGCUCGCCCUCUUCGCCUCCCUCUUCCACAUCUACUUCGGCAUCUUUGUGGUGGUGCACUGGUGCGCCAUGGCCUUCUGGGUGGUGCACGGAGGUACCGACUUCUGCAUGUCCAAGUGGGAGGAGGUGCUGUUCAACAUGGUGGUAGGCAUCGUAUACAUCUUCUGCUGGUUCAACGUGAAGGAGGGACGCACACGGCACAGGAUGGUGACGUACUACGUCGUGGUGCUGGCCGAGAACACCAUCCUCACCGGGCUGUGGUACGCAUACAGGGACCCGGCUCUGACCGACUCCUAUGCCUUCCUGGCUCUGUGUGGUGUCUACCUGACCUUUGCUGGCGGCGUCCUGGUCAUGCUGCUGUACUACGGCUUCCUGCACCCGGCCAGCGCCCACCUCCACCCGAGCCCCGCCUCGUCCUGCUGCGCCCAGCUGCUGUGGGGUCUCCCCCUGCCUCCAUCGGCUCCACCCACCGCCCCGCCCACCCCGGCCCACAUGACCAAGUCCCAGACGGAAGAGGAAGUGGCCGAGUCGUGUCUUCCCGUCUUCCAGGUGAGGUCGGCACCCAUCACCUCCAAACCAGAGGGCCCACUCAUAAAGAUCGACAUGCCCAGGAAGCGCUACCCAGCGUGGGACGCCCACUACGUAGACAGGCGGCUGCGGAGGACUAUAAACAUCCUGCAGUACAUCACGCCGGCUGCAGUGGGCAUCCGGUACCGAGACGGACCCUUACUGUACGAACUGUUGCAGUACGAGUCCUCCCUCUAACACAUAAAAACACCAUAAAAAGACAUGUUCAGAUUUAGAGGCACGCACAACUUGAUGUAAGCACACAAACACAAAAGCAAUCCCACUCUUAUGCACACACACAAACACAUUCCUUGCGGGCAACCUGCGAGUCCCACGGCCAUGACUCAGCGAGCUCUUCCUGUCUCUAUUCCCUCCGAUCACUCUUCAUCUCGUCAGUUUGGUAUCACGCGUUCGCUCUCCGCUGUGGUAAAAAAAACAAAACUACAAGAAGUUUGAAAAAAUGAGCGCAGUGUCACACUUUGACCACCGCAUGCCGUUUACGUUGCGUCGUCGCUCACACUUUCUCGGGUUUCAGUAGAACAAAAAGACGUAAAGAAAGAACAAACGUCACUUUUACUAAAAAGGAGUCUGUGAACAUGUCGUUAGUCUAGUCAAAAGGUAGUGUAUAUAUUUUUUAUGUAAAGAUUGGGAUGUUUUUUAUGUACCGUGGGACACAUUGGGGGUAAGCAGAGCAUGAUGGGAAAGAUGGAGAGGGUAUUGGCAUUUCAACUAAAGCUGGGCUCGGAGAAAAGUUGGACAUUUUGGGAAAAAAACUUAAUAAUUCCUAUCCCAAAAUGUCAAAAGUAUUCCUUUCAAUGCUAACAUUUAAGCUACACUUAAAUGUAGCUCUAAAAAUGAGAAUACAAGAAGUUUAAGCAGCUCAAAAUUAUACUAAAUAGCUCUAAAAUCAAAUGUAUAGUGUUGUUCCUUAAAGGCGGCCAUAGCACAACAAAACAAAUGACAGUAUAUUUAAAGAAUUGGUGGUUUCUUGCCUGAAAUAUUUUCCAAAAUAAACUGUGGCUACAUGGUCAGAUAGAAGAGAAUAAGUUAGACAGAGAGUCGGAGUGAAAGAUCUACAGACAACAGAUAAUGCUAACGCUACAGGUCUUCUUGCUAAACAUGUACAAUGUGCCAAUCUCUUUCCAGUCACAGCACAGCGGCAGCGUCAUCCCGUGCUCGUGGAGUAAGUGUUACUGCCUGCUGAUGUUUUACUAACGUGUGGUUGUAUCAUAAAUACAACCAGGAGGGAACUUAUCUCCAUCUUCCUGUUGUGCUGGGAGGUUAGAUAUUCCUUAGUUAUUCUUCAAAAAAAAGAGGACAUUUCCAACAGAAAGAACAAAUGCAAUUAAUUCUUUGUGAUCUACAUUUCUCCGCCUUUGAUGUCUCUAUCGUGCUGGUGCCACGCUAACAGGGUGCCGCCACUGAAGCUGAUAUAAAACAGUUUUUGGGGCUUUUAAUCGUCACAGCCCUCACGAUGACUUGCCUCUGUAACAAGUCCAACAUCUACUCCUCCAAAAAAGCCACCCACGGCUGAGCUGUGAUGCACGGCUCAUUAUUGAGUUUGUUUAUCCCUGUAAUCCAAGCUGUUACAUUGGCAGGCGACAACAAAUGAGCCAGAGAUAUCAGUCAUCAGCGUAUAGAGGUUGAUCCUGAACUCGCACGUCGUCAGGGGGGCUGGUGAAAGUGUUUUUACACCUUUUCUCUAGCUCCACGUCGGUGGUAGAGCAGGUGAAACCCAGCCAUGACACAUUUCAUAUGGUGCGGUUAGUAGAUAUUAACACACAUAGGCUUCUUAUUAUAGCUGAGGAUCAAGAGAUAAGGAGUGUUAAAAGGGGUACGUCAAUACUUUUCAGUGCAGCUUCAAUCUCUUAUUUCUCUUUUCCAGGUGUGAAACUCUGGGAAAAGUUAAGGUUAAAAGCCAGCUUCUUUUCAAUCAGUUUAAUUGACCAUACAAAUAUAUCAAUUCUCUAGUGCUGGAAAAAAACCUUAGUAGUUGCUUGACAGACAGUUAUGUGAGAACAAUUAAAUACUAAAGCCACUUAUUAAGCAAGAUUUAACAACUACUUACACACAGGUAGGGUCAAAACUGGCCAUCAAAACUGGAAACCGGAUCUCCAACGUCCAGUAUCAGCUCCAGGUUCUAGAUUUGAAAGCAAAUGGCUAGCAGUUAGCAAGUAUAGCAUCACAAUCCCAACUGUUAUAGGAAAAGCAAUUAAAGAACCUAACAAAAGACAAUAAGAAUUUGUUGCACGUGAAAAAAGCGAGCCUACAAAUGUUGACGUACCCCUCUAAGUUCGUGAACAGACAGUGAGCUUACAAUACUUUCCUGUGGUGCUA